AUGCUGUCCCCUGUGUUCGUAGCUUUGUCGGCUUCUUCUUUUCCUGCUUUCUUCGGAGGCUCACAAUCUUCUGGGCAAUCUUCUCAAGUCAUAGAUGAUAAUGUAUAUCUUACCCCCCCGCAAACGCGAGGGAAACGGACAGCGACGCCUCUACACACAUAUCAACAGCUGACCACCUCUGAAGCAAUACACUGUGCUCAACUAGAUGCCCAGUCAUCUUCUAUUGGCCAAACAGGUACUUUGCAUUUGCUAUUGCUUCCACCCGGAGCUUCAGCCUCUUCGGGUAGUCGAAUUAUGAUACAGAAACCAACUGGCGCCUCGCAAGCUGGAUCUCUGCUACCGUGCCCUUCUUCAUUCUACCCUCCACUUGCCUAUGCUGGUGUCAGUGCCCAAACGAAUGUCAUUGGAGGCGAUACGUGCAAUCUCAAUUUACCAGCACAUUCUUCGUUGAUCUCAACUUGCUUUGAUACUUCUGGCGAAUGCACAGCCACUUGCAAAGAUGGAUUGUAUUCUGGGCAGAAAAUCAGUGAAUCAGGUACUGAUCUUCUGGUAUGCCACAACACUGCUACAAAUAUCUCUGAUCCCGGGUACGCUAUCGCUACUUCUAAAAUAGUUCCUUCCAUAGCUUCUGAAUAUGGUUCGAAUUUCGUUCAUAAUACACAAGCCGGCGGUUGUAAUGCCGUGGCAUCAACCCUACACACGUUGAACCUGCACGAAGCCAUUCCGAUGAGGCGUCCUAUUGGCGAUUCAGGUGGACUCUUAAUGACCAGCCGCUCUAUUUCCGACUGGCCGCCUACUCCGACAUCUUGUCCUCUAAGCUACACAACACCAACGGACACUUAUAGGCUAACGAACUCUAGUCUUAGCCCUUCUAAACGCCAUUUAGAGCCUAGCCCUGGACUUCCUUUAUCCGCUUCUCUCUCACAUCUAACCUCUACUGUCGUCAGUCCGCUCUCCAGUCCUGGAGUCGAUUGUCCAGUUGGCUGUUCGAUUCUCUCACCUAAGCUUCAAUCUCGCCGGACACCUGCUGCACCCCUUACUUGCUUCUCCCAAGCCUCCUCUUCUUCUUCCUCUCCAUCCGUCUCCGUGUUGACCAUCGGGUGUGAAAGUCCGUGCUCCAUUUCACUGACUGCCACUCAGAUGCCGUCCUCUGCUGCGGUCACUACUGCCCAAACUACUUCAUUUACGCCAUCGCUGCCCCAAUCGCCACCCACAGAGCCCAUACUCCCCUUGCCAACCGAUACACUUUCGGUUUUCUCCACAUCUAUAGAUCACACAGUUGUUAGCUGUAUUCAGCCGGCAUUAAGUGAUCUCAACACGACUCUAGUUCCUCUUUCUACCAAUAAAGAGUUCUCGUCAGACAUGGGCUCACUUUAUCAUGACUCUGUUGGCCAUAUCGAUCAUAAUAUCACCUUAAAGCACACGCUACCAGCUUCGCAGCCUCCAGUGGCUUUUUGCAACGACCCCGUGUCCAACCACACUUUUACUCCUAUAAACUUUGGUCCCACCAUCAACAGCGGCCGCAUUGCUAACUCCAUCAACCCAUAUAAUGAAGUUGGCAUGUCGUCCAGUACGAUAUCCUCUCUUUCAACUAACUGUGCCCAAGAGGAUUGUUUAUUGCCAGAUGAGCUGGUGGAUGACGUCUUUGACUGUGAGUAUCUUGGGCUUUGUUUUAAUUCGUAUAUAAAACCAUAUUCUCGUUAA